AUGUUGGAGAGAACAAGUCCAUAUGAUUAUUCAAAAACACAAGUAGCCGUUAUAGAGUGGUUAGAAGAACUUGAUGUGGAAGGUAAUGUUUAUGAUUGUGCCAUUGAUGUGGUGGCUGAAAGCUGUGAGAUCCUUCUUGAUCAAGUUUUAAAGGAAGAUCGUAAGUCUCUUGAGAUGACUGUCGAGAUUAAAAUGGGACCAGAAUAUGAGCAUGUCGAUGAUACGAAUAUGGAUAUGGAUAUGGGUAUUAUGGAUCAUCAAGAAGAACCCAAUGAGACUUACGAAGAGGAGAAUAAUAAGGAGGCACGUAUGAAGGAAGUAGAGACAUUUUUACGGACUAUGAAGAUAAUUAGACCAAGUAAGGUUGAUUUGGAUUGCCAUUGUUCGAUUUGCUUGGAGGAGUUUGACAAGAGUGAACAAGAAGUUGCGAAUCUUGGUUGUUCUCAUAUUUUUCAUGGGAGCUGUUUGGUUUCUUGGAUUCUAGAAGGAAAAAAUAGUUGUCCAUUAUGCCGAUUUAAUUUCAUGCCUUGUUAG